CAAUUAAAUCGUGUAACAAUAUAACAGUCACCCCACUGUUUCAUGACAGAUUUCGACAGUUUGUUUGCGCGUGAAGUUUUACUGAAAACGUUUGCAAAUAGACAACUGCCUUUGAUCACUGAAUCUGCGCAAUAUCCGCUGAAAUAAUAUGGGGAAAAGCCAGGUAUGUUUAAUAAAAAUACUAUCUUUAAAAUAGCGAUGUUCGACCAAGAAUGUCGAAGGUGACAAGCAACAAUGCUUGUUAUAUAUAAGACGAACAACCGACUGCGCAUUUUAUUCUCUUAACAUAAAUAGUGUGAUGUUAAAUUAAUCGCGCAUAAAAUGAUCUAUGGUAUAAUGCGCAAAAUAUGGAUAUAAACCUACUAUACUGCGAAAGGUUUUUUCUCAGACAUCACUCUUCUAGAAUCUAAAUGAAGCUCAAGUUUAUAGCGCUGUUGUAAUUUGACCCCAUUAUAUAUAGACGUUUUGUCACUUUCAGGUCAAAAUAUGGAGAUUUUUUGGGCAUCUCGAUAGAACUUGAAGGAUUUUUGUAGAUGGCAGGAGCAUUAACCAGGAGCACUUGCGAAAAAUUCUGGUUGUCCCAAAAAAACUGGACACUGUUUAAUUUCAUGCAACGUAAAAGCUAUAAAAGCUAUCACAGUGAAUUGACCAUUUGCGUAAUAGACUAAAUUUUGAACUAAACAAGUCUAGACAAAUAUUUCAUCACAGCUUGAAGGAGCAUCACAAAAUUAGUAAUAUUCCAAAGUUUCGUGGCAAAAUGUUGUAAAAUGCGGAAAAUAUAGCCUUGUGAAAUUUGCAAUUUUCAGUCAUUUUUUAUUACAAACGGGAAAUUGACAGCCCCAAACCCUUCGAGGCUGUCAAUUUCCGAUUUGUAAUCUAAAAUGACUGAAAAUUGCAAAUUUCGCAAGGCUAUAUUUUCCGCAUUUUACAACAUUUUGUAACGAAACUUUGGAAUAUUACUAAUUUUGUGAUGCUCGUUCAAGCUGUAAUGAAAUUUUUGUUGAGAUCAAAAUUUAGUCUAUUACGCAAAUGGUCAAUUGAAGACCAUCGCAUUCAGAAAAGGCUAUUAAACUUAGAUUUUGAUAUAUGGCACUUGAAUUUACAUGCAAUAUUGACUGCGCUAUUGAUGUUUGAACGUUACACUGCUGUUUUUGAAAAUGCCAAAAAUUAGCAUAAAACAACCUUAUAAUUACCGAUGUAUAGUUAUACAAGUUGUUAAAUAAUAUUUUUAUUUUGGUUGUAUCUCGCUCAAUACUGCCCUGAACGCCCUUCAUUUGUAACUCCAGAUGAAGGGCCUUCGCUCGAAACGUCGAAAUUCUCCUUAUAUUUUUCAGGUAGUUGGAGUCAGAUGUCAAUUGGGACGCAAGCCCUGUCCCUUUCCCCAGUAACACUUGUGUCCUCUGUUUAUUGUAGAUGUAUGCGUAAUGAUUGUGUUGUGACAAAUGAUUAAAUUGAAUUAAAUCCCUACCAAUGAAAGCUUGUUUGCGUGGAUCUAGUCAUAAACUUUUUGUACCAAGACCCUUAACGGAAUCCUUGAAGAAAAGUUUUUCCUAUAGAGGAGCUACCCUAUGGAAUGACAUACCCGUCGAACUCACUAGAGUUCAAUCUCUCGCUGAGUUUAAAUCUAAAAUAUCUUAAUAUUUCUUUUAUAUUAGUUUUUUUGCAUGUGUAGUUUGUUACUUUUGUAAAUAGUUUGAUACCUUUUUAUCAGUAAUUAGUCUACUAGUAUAGGUGCACGUCUCCAUUGAAGAGCACAUAACAUAACCUGUGAAAUGGACCUCGUGUUUUAAUUAAAGUGCAUAUGACAUGAAAUUUAUUAUUUUCUUAAACGAAAGAACUCUUUAAGCUGUAGUGUAACUUAUUUUUCAGUUUCUUGUUUUUAUGGUUUGUUCCAGAGAUAUUUCAAUUUGUUUGAUAUGUAAAUGAGUGUGAAUAUGUCCGCUAAUUUAUGACGUCACGUUGGUUGCAAGCUCAACUUACACUGGUUAUAAAUCUAUCAACUCUAAAAACUGAAGAUAUAUGUUCUCGUUUUUCUACAGUGUUUCAUCACAUUUACCAGUGAGUGAAGUUUGAAAUUAUCAUCUUGGAUGAUAGCAGUGAUAUUCAACCAUUUUGAAGAGCUUGCAACCAACGUGACGUCAUAAAUUAGCAGACAUAUUCACACUCAUUUACAUAUCAAACAAAUUGAAAUAUCUCGGGAAUAAACCAUAAAAACAAGAAACUGAAAAAUAAGUUACACUACAACUUAAAGAGUUCUUUCAUUUAAGAAAAAAAGAAAUUUCAUGUCAUAUGCACUUUAAAUAAUGAUGUCAAUCAAUCAAUCAAUCAACCAUACAUACACCACUUCAAAAAUCUCUUCUUUUUCCAGAUAUUUGGAAUUCUGGCAUUGACCUGUCUUAUUACACUACACCAUGCGACUGCAGGCCUUCCAGACUUGAAUUUCUGCCCCCGGGGUCCACCUGGCCCACAAGGAUGGCCAGGGGAAACGGGGCAGUCGGGGCCUCCGGGUGAAAAAGGUGACCGGGGCGAAGCGGCAUCCUCGAGGUUCCGACCACCCAUUGGCACACCGUGUUACUGUCCCGAAGGUCCCAAGGGAAACCAGGGCAUUCCAGGCAUUCCUGGAGAACCAGGUUAGUUACUGUACCUAUGUAUAUUUAUGCCACGUCAUCAGGAAAAAUUCAGGCAAACAAAAGGGACAAAUUAACCUUUCUCACACCGGCAUUUUUGGGUGGCUUUUCAGCCGAAGUCUGCGAGAUAAGUCCAUAUAACAGCAACACUUUAUAUUUUUUUUGGACGAAUGAUGGUAAAUUUGCUUUGUAAAUGGUCAGUUUAUUUUGAAAAAUUGCUUUUCACAUUGAUUUAAUUGUCUACAUUACUGACCGUACUGUCUGCCCUCGUGAGAGAUUCUAAACAAUUCAAACAAGGUGAAAUGUGCCUUUUAAAAGUUUUAACUGUAAAUUUACCAUUAUAAAAACGCCAAGCGCUCCGUUUUUAUCUCGCUCCGUUUAGAAACCAUGCUCAAAUGGACCUUUCCCCAAUUAACCAAAAUUUUGAACUCAACAAGUCUAGACAAAAAUUUCAUCACAGCUUGAAAGAGCAUCACAAAAUUAGUAAUAUUCCAAAGUUUCGUUGCAAAAUGUCGUAAAAUGCGGAUGAUAUAGCCUUGCAAAAUUUGCAAUUUCCAGUCAUUUUAGAUUACAAACGGGAAAUGGUUACCACUUCUGUGCGUAAUACAAAAUGACUGAAAAUUACAAACUUCGCAAGGCUAUAUUAUCCGCAUUUUACAACAUUUUGCAACGAAACUUUGGAAUAUUACUCAUUUUGUGAUGCUCUUUCAAGCUGUGUUGAAAUUUUUGUUUAGGCUAGUUAAGAUCAAAAUUUUGAAAGAGUGGUAACCAUUUCCUGUUUGUAAUCUAAAAUGACUGAAAAUUGCAAAUUUCGCAAGGCUAUAUUAUCCGCAUUUUACAACAUUUCGCAACGAAACUUUGGAAUAUUACUAAUCUUGUUAGUUGUGAUGCUCUUUCAUGAUGAAAUUUUAUGUAGACUUGUUCAGAUCAAAAUUUUGGUUAAUUGGGGAAUGGUCCAUUGUGACAGUUCUGCACCGUUUUCAAAGUUUUUACGUUCUGAUUUGCAUUACAACAUUUGAACUUUAUAUUUACAGGUCGGGUUGGUAUGCAGGGAUACCCGGGACCUGCAGGACAAAAAGGGGAUAGUGGUCGAGACGGUGUCCCAGGUCCGCCAGGAGCGCCAUCCUCACGUGUAUCCAAACAACCCCCUGAAACCCCGAAUACCCUGUAUGUUCCAGUCGUGAUCACUGGCAAAAUGCCAAGAGUAAUGUGCCAUCAUUUGAGAAGACACGCCUACGGUUAGUGUUAACAAGUUUAGCUGGAAUUUCAACCCCAACUCUAACCCUAGGUUAACCAGAAAUUCAAAGCAAAUUUUGCAACAGCUUGUUUUUAUUUGGAAAUAUUUCUUCAGAAAUCUUGUCUGUAUCAAUAGGAGUUUACUUUCACACAGACCAAAACAGCGAGGGUUAGUGCUAAAUAGGCGAUAAACCAACCAUUUAGUGUUCACAAGGGCCAACCUCGUACUCAGGCUCUUUCCUCUUGGCAAGGGGAGAAAAGACCCUGUUAGAUGCUGGUCACGUGAUUAUUUAGCAAUCCAAGAUGAGGUCAAUAAAUAUUUGAAAUUUGGAUAAUUUUUACAGUUAAGUUUAUAAUUUACAUUUUGUAUCAUCCGAGAUAGUUAAUUAGAAAUCUGCUAGAUUUUAGCAGAUCACGUGACCAGAGUCUACCAGGGUCUUUUCUUCACAAGAGGAAAGGCCCUGGGUACAAGGAAAGGCCCUGGGUACAAGGAAAGGCCCUGGGUACAAGGAAAGGCCCUGGGUACAAGGAAAGGGCCUGGGUACAAGGAAAGGGCCUGGGUACGAGGUUGCACAAGGGCCAGCUGAUUUUGUCGAUUGUUCUCAACUUACUGUCAACAUUCUUAUUAUGUUCCAGUUCCAGUGGUGCCCAACAAGUUCGUGGGUUGGUACGAGCCAGGCAAGUCUGGUUACCUCACAUAUAACAAGUGGCUGUACUACUCAUCGCGUUUCACAUGUCCAUGUUCCGUCCCUAUGCCCCCUGGACCAACACCAAGUCCCGAAGAGCUCAUGCGUCGUCUGAAACGAAAAUAAAUACACGUUUACUAUAGACUUUUAUUGUAGACUUUAGCAAAAACUUUAGUUUAUUCUUGUAACAUUAUAAUAGACUUUAGUAGUAUAUUGUUGAAGUCGAUAAGACUCUAGUUUCUCUUCCAACAUUAUAAUAGACUAUAGUAGUAUAUUCUUGAAGUUGAUGGUAAACAUUUCUUAUAUAAAUCAGUAAAAUAAAUUUUUAAUACAUUUUGGUAUUUUCUUUUCAAGAUGGACUUUAAUAAUACUUUUUAGUAUGUUUUUCAAGAUAGACUUUAAUAAUACUUUUUUAUAUUAUAAUAUUAAUUAGACAACCAAGGCUAACGCUUUGGUGUAAACGUAAGCCAGUUUUCCACUUGAACCGUAUCGUACCGAAGUGUAUUUCUUUGUUUCCUGAGUAUUUGAGUGGAACUAAGGACUUCGACACGAAAGAAAAUGCUAGGAUAUGUUAUACGAUACGGUUGAAAUUGAAAACAGGCUUAAUAUAAUAUUCUUCAAAUUUAAUUUACGUGUUUUACGAUGGAGUUUGGUG